AUGAGUGAAGAAGCAACAAAGAAACGUAAGAUUCGGGGUGGACAUAGAACGUCAACUAAGAGAACAAUAAAUGCUUCAUCAACAAUUCUUGACGAUUUUGAUCCUUCAAAUAAACAACUUACCGAGAAGUUAUUACAACAAAAGAUUACAUUAAAGGAAAAACUAGACAUUCUGCAAAAUUUAGACAAUGAUAUACUAGCUAUUACUGAGGAGAAAGAUAUUGAAAAGGAAAUUGAAGAAAGUGAUCUUUUAAGAGAGAGAAUACAUGCUACAAUUGUCAGAAUUGAUUCUGUAGUGAGCCCUAUGAGCCUACAUCCAUCACCAAGUCCAGAAGGAACUCAAGAAGAAGGGAAUUCUCAUAAUUCUAGUACUAUAGGUCAUUCGUCGGCCAAGAUAAAGCUACCAAAAUUGAGUUUAAAGAAGUUUAAGGGAGAUAUUAAGGAGUGGACUCCAUUUUGGGACAGUUAUACUUCAGCUAUUCAUGACAAUCCUGACCUAAGUGAUAUUGAUAAAUUUAACUAUUUGAACUCCCUACUUGAAUCAAAGGCAGCAGAAGCAAUUGCUGGGUUAAAGAUUACAUCAGCAAACUAUCAGGAAGCAGUUGACGUGUUAAACCAGAGAUUUGGCGACAAGCAACAGAUUAUUAAUUCGCAUAUGGACAGCCUUCUUCAACUACCUGGAGUAACAAGCCUUCAUGAUGUUCAAAGUAUUAGACAGCUUUACAAUAAGGUUGAAUCGCAUAUCAGAGGUCUCAAGUCUUUGGGAGUAGAGACUGCGACAUAUGGUAAUCUAAUGAUCUCAAUAUUGAUGCAACGGCUGCCACCGGGUUUACGUAUUAUUGUAACAAAGAAGAUGCAAGAGGAUGAAUGGUCUUUGGAUAAACUUAUGACAAUCUUUCGACAAGAAUUAGAGGCUAGAGAAAGAGCAAAUCUGCAGUGUUUACCUCCAUCAAAGUCCAGUUAUCAACGAAAUAAACCGGGAACAGCUUCUACUCUUUUCACGGGACUGCAUGGCACUACCUGUUCUUAUUGUGAAGGAAAGCACUUAUCUCUAAACUGCAAGACAGUGACCAAUGUGGCUGCAAGGAGAGAUAUUCUGAAACGAAGUGGACGGUGUUUUGUAUGUUUAAGAAAAAAACAUAUUAGUAGGGAAUGCCAAUCGAAUAUCAAAUGUUUUAAAUGUGCUAGACGACAUCAUGGAAGUCUGUGCAUGGGCGGCCAACCUCGACAACAACACCCUAACCCUAAUUCUGACCCACCAACCAACCAGCAAGAACCUCGGCAUCCACGUCAGCCCGCAACAGAGACUGAGAAAGGGGACGAAACCGGAAUUGGUGGCAAGAACUUACCAGCACAACCGAACAGAGAAAGAGAUCAACAACAACAACAACAACAACAACAACAACAACAACAGCAGCAAGCUACUACAAGUCAAACCAUGUAUGUUGGCACAAGAACAUCCAUCUUGUUGCAGACAGCGAAAGUCAACAUAUACAUACCCGAAAUGCAGGAAAAUAGAGUAAAUGCUCGACUUAUACUGGAUAGUGGGAGCCAACGUUCUUUCGUGACAACCAGAGUGAAGAAUCAAUUAAACCUUGAUGCAGAAGGAACAGAAAACCUCAUGAUUAAGACAUUCGGAGACGAAGCAGAGGAACUACAAACAUGUGAAUUUCUGCACUUCAACAUUGAGACAGAAUCUACUUAUCCCGAUCUUUCACUUACAGCAUUUGUCAACCCCUCAGACACCAAACAACCCAAGUGGCACAGGAAAUUUACCAUCAUCUCGAAGGUCUUAAUCUUGCAGAUCUUAAUACUGGCGAAGAAGAGUUAG